AUGACUCCCCCAGUACCUACAUAUUCAGCAGCACAUCGACUCUAUGUCAAAUCAUUAUACAAGCGAUAUCUUGUAAACUCACUGAAUUGGUACAUCAGGAGAGAUUUAUGGAGGGAAAAAGCUAUUGAAAUAAGAGCGGAAUUUGAGAGGAAUAGAAACAUCACAGACCCCCGAGCGCUUGCUUUGGUACUCGAACAAGCAGAAGAGAGAUUAGCAAGAGAGAUUCAUCCUGAUCCAUAUCGACCACCACUCUUCCCUGACGGUACGAAAUGGGAGCGUAACCUUCCCCCUCGUAUGUUCUCCGCAAAAGAAAAGGCAGAUGCUCUCGCUACUCAUUAG